UGUCUGGAGAGGGACUUUGUGCCAGGGUGAGGCACCGCAACACUGACCAGUACCAGACAUCACCUUCCCCAGCCUGUAGCCUCCAGCCCUCCCUCGGCCCCUCUGCGGGGAGCUGGCCCUGGGUGUUUUUUUAAACAUACAUACACACACACAUACACAUAUAUAUAUAUGUGAGUGAACCUGUUUGCACACUGCUCUGCAAACAGUAAUUCUGUGACUGAUUAAUCCCAUCGCACGGGGAGCACCAGCAGCUUCUUGCUUUUCCUCUGCUUUGCUUUGGUCACAAGGAACGUUAAACCUGCCCAGGGAGGGAGACACAGAGAGCAAAAAACACGGCGACAAGAAUGGAAUCAGGGAGAGAGCGUGAACUCCAAGAUCAGGAGGCAGCGAGAGACCUUCAGAGCCCAGAGGUGAGGACAUUGGAGACUACUGAUCAGACAACGCUCACCCACUCAACUGAACACCAGGAGGAGCCUCCAAACGCUCAGAGAAAUGAAAAUCCCACAACAGAAAACUCUGAAAGGAGCCAGCGAGGGGUCAACUGUUUGCUUCAACCCAAAGGUACAAGUGAUCAAACUGCAGCCACGCUGGGCUAUAUCAAUAGCGCCUUCACUGGGGACCCUCCUCCAUAUUCACCACCAGACCCAAAGAGCAUUCACCUUGUUUACCCCUCGUAUGGAUGCUCUACCCCUGGACAGUUACCCGUCAGGUACCAGCCUGGUGUGCCAGACCUUCUCUUCUACCAGCUUCAGCAUCCGCAGCCUGCAUCCUGCCCUUUCUCCAUUUAUAACUACCCGUUACCGGGAGUUCACCAGGAACAGAGCACACCACCAAAGGACUACAUGUUAGAGUCUGUCCUUGUGACCGUAUUCUGCUGUCUGCUGUCUGGGAUUUUAGCCAUCAUCUUCUCACAUGAGACCCGCCUGGCGGUUCAGAGAGGAGACCACAGACAUGCUGAGAGUACUUCGCGGAAGCUUAUGAACUGUGCAGAGACAGCCAAAUUGUCCUAGUGAUAAUUCAUCACAAGCAGUUAAAUAAAACAAAUGAAUCUGCAGCAUUCUUCCUUCCUCUUUAGGAUAAUUAAAGAAAGUUAAUCACGUCCCUUUAAUAACUCAAAGCCCACUGAAUACUGGGUUUGAUUGCACUUACUUAGUAGAAAAUAAAAUAAUGACUUAAACACAAAAUAAAAUAAAGUCCUUGCUAGGGAAGAUGGCCAAGUACAGAAUGUUUAUGUAUUGUCUGUAUCUCUGACAAGCUUUAAAAGAAUCAGGUGUGAAGCUGGGUAAGAUUUGAGUGAGGGCUGAGAAUCACAGGAUCCCUACAGUGUUGAAGCAGGCCAUUCGGCCCAUUGAGUCCACACCGACCCUUCAAAGAGCAUCCCACUCAGACCCACACCCCCUGCCCUAUCGCUGUAACCCUGUAUUACCCACGGCCAAUCCCCCUAGCCUGCACAUCUUGGGACUGUGGGAGGAAACCCACGCAGACACGGGGAGAAUGUGCAAACUCCACACCGACAGUCGCCCGAGGGUGGAAGUGAACCUGGGUCCCUGGUGCUGGGAGGCAGCAGUGCGAACCACAGAGCCACCGUGCCACCCAGGGAGCACAAUUACAUGAGUUUUUAUGUAUAUGUUAAUAACUACCACAUAAUGUUAAAGAAUUUUGAAACAGCUUGGAUUAAAAUAAGAUGCAUUAACACUUCAUAUGCAACCAUUUUUGUCAGUGUUUGGUAUUUAGUUGGAUAUGCAGGCUUAUAGGAAUAAGAGGGAGGCCAUUCAAACCCUUGGGCCUGUUCAACCAUUCAAUGAGAACGUGGCUGAUCUGUGAUCCAACACCACAUACCUGCCUUUGGCCCGUA